AUGAGGUCCCUUAAGUUCACAGCAACUCUACUCUUGCUACUCACAAUAACAAACUCCCUAUUCAUCUCCCUCGCAGCCGCAGAACCUUCCGGAAGUGAUCCAACGAACGAAGAUUUUCCUUCCGUGGGGCACAGAAUAUCCCUCCGUGGGGCCAUCCAUUUUCUCCCGCGCGUCCCGUUGGCAAGGUGCGACAGAAAUCCUAGGAUUUGCAGCCGUGCGCGCGGCAAACGAGAUUGUUGCAAGAAGCGAUGCGUAGACCUCACAGAAGACAGGUUGAACUGCGGGAGAUGCGGUCACAAAUGCAAUUUCUCAAAGAUUUGUUGCCGAGGGAAAUGCGUGAACCCGUUGAGGAAUAUAAGGCACUGUGGGGGGUGCGGUAACGCGUGCAGGAGAGGGAGUAAGUGCGUGUAUGGAAUGUGUAGCUACGCUUGA